AUGAUCAUUCUACUCUUGGUGAUAACAGUGUCUUUAUCCGAAGAAUGUCUUUGUACAUUACUCAUUCCUCAAAUGUCAACACUGAACUCUUAUUCGUGUCCUGAUGUCUCGAAAUGUACAAUUGAAAUACCAGCCGAUAUCCACGAAGUCUUUGAUGUGCCAUCUAAUAUCCCUUUAAUUAUUAAUACGGAGUCUUUGACUAUGAAAAUAUCAAAGGACACUAAUAUCCCUUUACUCACGUUAGUUACUAGCUUUUCUAUUAGAGAGAACCAAAUAUCAGUGUAUCCAGAGGACGGAAGUGAUAACCCAAAGUUUGUGGUGAAUGAAAUGAAUGUUAUAGAAAAUCAAAUGGACUUUGUCGACCACCGAGUCAUCCACAAAAUGUCGAUGUUCACCAACUCGACAUUUCACACAUCAAAUGAAAAAGUUGAAAUUGAAUUCUACCCAGAGACUGUCUCUUCAUUGGAAUCAAUGACAGAACAGCCACUUCGGUUCUUUAAAAUAUCAAAUUAUGGAAGUCUGUCAUUAAAGAACGCAGAGAUAUCAUUUUUGAAAGAAAACAGUGGAAGUGUCAUCCAUGCAGAGAGUUCUAAAUUUGAUGUUGUUGUUUUGGAGUCAUCCGAACCAAAGCUGUUUUGUACAAAAUGUACAAUAAGAGCUUUCCACGUCGUUGGAGACUAUGAGGACAUCCGAUUGUACAUUUUAACGAACGAUGAAACACCGAUGGUGGAGAAGCUUGAUGUUAUAGAAUUUGAGAAUGAAAACAGUUACAAAAUAGGUAAGAAGAGCGAAUGGUCAUCACAUAAGGAUUUGAGGGUGUCAUGUAACCCAAAGGAAGUACACUUAGUUGAGAAAGGUGGGUUGUCUGUGUGUCAACCCCGAGUGUGUUCUGAUACAGUAGACAAUUGGAAAGCAACUUGUUUAGUCGAUGAAACUGUUUCAAACACUGAAAUAACAAAUUCAGUGUUAAUCCUUAGUCAUAGCGAGACGUACAACAACGAAAUGAUACCACGGAAAGUGACUGAAAUUAUUGUCGAUGCUGACACUGAUAAUGUCAUAACUUUAAAGGCGUUGUCUUUUUCUAAACUCAGUGUUCUAAAAGGGAGUUGUGCCGUUGAAAAUUGUGUCAUUCCAAAUGUCGAGUUGGCUGAGAGUACAACUUCUAAGAUCUCCUUUACUAAUAUCGAAAAAAUUCUGAUCCGUAGAAACGCUAAUGUAACAUUGUCCUCUUGUUCUUUUGGCUCGCUGUUUGAUGCAACUGGAGCGACUGUGACGUUUUUGGGUACUUCAUCUAUUGCAUCAAUAAAGAAAAGCCGAGUGAUAUUAUCGAACAACAGAAUAACAUUCGCCGAUGAUGCACAACUUCUUUCAAAAACUCCAUCAGACGCCUUUUUGGAUCAAAACGAAGUCUCAAUUGCGACAAUUAAAAAUCCAGUCUGGGAAGCGAAAGAAACGACUGUUGUCUUGAUGAGGAGUAACACCAUUACAAGGCUUCAUAAGGAAGGAUGUCAACUUUUCAUUGCAACCAACUCUGAGCACCAAAUCGCAUUUGAUGGUGAAGAAGAGAACGAAGAGGGUAUUAAAACAGAUAACAUGAUUCUUGACCAGAUGAGUAGUGCAGUGUAUCUCUGUGGAGAAAACGACAACCAUUUGACCGAAAACAAUUUGUAUAAUCUGAUGACAGAAGUCAACACGUUUUUCUGGAGACAGCAACGCGAAGUUAAGACGUACAUCGAGUGUAAAGUUCCAAAGGGUAUUGAUCACAAUUACGACUUAAAAGCAACGAAUUGCUUGUGUGACUUUUCAUCGACUUGUGCCUUUGUAUUUGAGGAUGAUGAUGUUCACAUCAAAGUCCCACAAUUUACUCGAACCCUUGGAAUCAUCAUGGCCAAAAACUUAACGAUUGAGAAGUCUGACGAAGAUGUUGAAAUUGGAGGAAUAGUGAUGGAAAGUGGACUGUUUGAUUCAACAGUUCGAGUCAAUGUGUUAGUCAACGAAAAAGGAAAACUCGUUAUAAGAGGGAGAGAAGUAGAAAUAUCAUUGUAUUUAGGAUUAGGUAAUGGGAAUAAGACAGUAUCACUCGAAGACAAUUCGUCCGUGGUGAUUGGCGGAAUAUUACAUAACGUGGUGAUAAUAGUGUCGAAUGGAAGUUCGUUAGAACUCGAAGGGACGUAUUCUGAGACAAAGGUUGAGUCUUCUGAGAUUUACUUGUCGAGUAACUCGAUGAUGUUCUGUAUGGAAAAUGACUUUGUCAGGUUUUCAAAAUCUAAAAUAGUUAUUGAACAUACGAACCAACACGCAAUAGCUAUUUCUUCGCAUGUGUCAUUCGACAAAGAGUCUUCCGUCGUAUUUAAAAUGACAAACAAGAAGUUAGACAAGAAGUAUAUGUACGUCUUUUUCUCUUCGAAUGGGUACAAUGAAGAAAUGGUUGACACAAUUCAAUUGAAGUACAACACAAGAACGAUAGAAAAGGAGUUAACAAACGAGUGUGGUGGUGUCUUUAAAAUGGCAAAUGUGAAAUUAACUGCGCCGAAAUGUCUCAAGUCUCCUUUUAAUUUGUUUGGAUCAAUGAUGAAUGAACCAGUGAAUUGGAGAAAACAUUCCAAAAGAGACAGUUCCAUCUUUUCUGUGGUGUUUGUGCUAAUGGGGUUCUUAGCGCUCACUGUUGUUGUGUUUAUAGUGAAAGGGUCAAUUAGUGCCAAGACAAAGAAGAAUGUAUUAGUGGAGUAA